AUGCCUCCACCAGACAUGAACUACACACUCGAAAUCUAUGAUGUCACUGACACCUUCGUAUCACCCCCAUCAGGCCCGCGCCUGAUGUAUGGGGUGGGAGAGUUGCCGCAAGGCGACCCACAGCAAGUGUCGAAGGUUAUUCCGCCCUCCACAGACGCCAUGCUGCAGCCGCACAGACACAAGGCCGUGCACCAGAUCAACCUCACCGACCCCUCUCGCUCCUUCCAAGCCUGGUGCCAGGCGAGGAGCAAGACAGCAGUGCUGGAGGGGUUGAAGGAGAGCACGCAGCGCAAGGAGCACAACAAGCGCGCCUUCAUCGCUAGCACCGCGCAUGAGCUGCGCACUCCCAUCAUCGGGAUGAAGGGUAUGCUCACACGGGGGGUGUUGCUUCUGGAGCUGAAUGGCAUGCUGGAGCAGCUGGUGGAGGGGCACAUGGAGCGCGAGAUGAGGGAAGACGUGUGCAUGGCAGCGGAGGAGGCAGAGAUGGUGCUGCUGCUGGUGAACACGGUGCUGGACAUAUCCAAGGUGGAGGCCGGCUGCAUGCAGCUGGAGCGACUGCCCUUCCACCCGCGUGCAUGGCUGCUGGCCGCCUUGCAGCAGCAUGAAGCAAGAGCUGCUGAGGCCGGGCUUCCAUACGAGGACGAGAGGAUUUCUCAUCCUUCAUCCCUUCACGCGCCCGGCCACUGCCAAGGCCCCACGUUCGUCCUCUCGUCCCUGUGCGUGCCGCUCCUUCCAAACAACGCCAUCAAGUUCACGGCCAGUGGAGGCGUGUGUGUGCGGCUGCAGUGCCUUCCCCCCGACACCCACAUCCCCACCCACCUGCUCUCCCCCAGCUGCCUCCUCGCUGACGCCACCCCCUGCUGCUCCCCUGCGGCUGCUCCCACUGCUGCUUCUACUUCUCCUGCUGCUGCUGCUGCUGCUGGUGGUGGUGGUGCUGCUGCUGCUAAUGCCAGCUCUGGUGCAACCGCCACUGCAGUGGUUGCGCCUUGUGAUGGUGCAAAUGGGGGCAUCAGGAAGGUGCAGCGGCGCAGGGGUGGUGCAGGCAAGGAGACCCAAAGGGAGAGAGCGGGUGCGGAUGCCCUGGCAGCUGCUGAGGCUGGUUGCAAGGCAGGCACGGCGGCAGUGGUGGGCCGUGGGGAAGGUGGUGCGGAGGGCAGUCGGAAGGGCAGUGGGGAGGGCGCAUGGGUGGGUGCAGUGAGGCAGUGGUGGGGCAGGGCUGCCAUGCCGUGGUGCUGGAUGGGGGCUGAGCCUGAGGGGCAUUGUGGAGGGCGCUGUGUGGUGCUGGUGGCAUGUGAGGACACGGGGUGUGGCAUCGCAGAGGAGGAGCAGCGCGACGUGUUUCAGGCGUUCAUGCAGGUGAGCCCUGCCCCUCAUGCAGCAUGGGGCCGCUCAGCACGCGAGGCAGUGGCACCAUGCUGCAUGUUGCUCUGCCCCUCGCUUGCACCUGCCGCUGCCACUGCUGCGGCUGCCCAUGCUGCCAGGCUGAGUGCAAGAGCUUCCAGUGCUGCCACUGCUGCUCCCUUCACAUCCAACUGCUUGAGGCAGCUUGUGGACAGCCGCAAGCAGGUGGCAGCUGGGGGCAGCAGUAAAGGGGCGAGGCGCGCGGAGAGUGGGGGGGAUGUGCGGGCGGCAGGUGUGGAAACCAGUGGACUCACAAGGCACACAUGCGCUAUAGCAGCGCGGGGAGGAGGGGAGGUGCAGGGGGGUGGGGUGGGAGAUAAGUGUGUGAACGGCGUGGGAAAGAGUGUCAAGGAGGCUCUUAAGGAGUUGCUACAGGGCUUGUCAAUCCUGGUGGUGGACGACAACGCCAUCGACCGUUCUCAGCCCCUAUGCACCCUUCCCUGUACCCUCUAUAUCCACCAGGUGGUGGACGACAAUCUGAUCAACCAGCGGGUGGCGGCGAGCACGCUGGCGCGGUACAGGGCGGAGGUGGCGCUGGCAGAGUCGGGCGAGGCGGCGCUGCGCCUGCUGCAGGCACGCCACUCCUUCCGCCUCGUGCUCAUGAACCUCCACAUGCCCCGCCUUGAUGGCUUUCAGACCACCGCCCGCCUGCGCGCCUUCGAGGCUGCUGCUCAGAUGGCCCGGGAAGAACUGGUAAAAGAGGGGGUGCAUUGCAUACCAGAACUGAGGGAGGGGGUAGAGGGUGGAGAAGGAGGUUGGUGGUGGCAAAAACACAUUGAUGUGGUAGCCGUGUCAGCAGAUGUGGACAGCACUGUCGCCGCCCGUGCUACACAGGUUGGCCCGUGCAGAAGCUACUCAAUGAGAGACUGCUGCUGCAGGUGA